GUAGCUAAUUACCCGUCGUUGAGCAUUCCUGCCGCCAGCAACCACAGACGGUGAGUGGGGCUCGCGCGCUCUGGUGUGUGUGUGUGUGUGGAGCGAAGCCUAUCAGCUUCAGCCAUGGUCGGGCGUAUGGAGGGAGGGAAAGGGGAGACGGUGUGCGUGACCGGCGCCGCCGGGUUCAUCGCCUCGUGGCUCGUCAAGCUCCUACUCUCCCGCGGCUACACCGUCCACGGCGCCGUCCGCGAUCUUGGUGAUAAGAAGACUGCCCAUCUAAGGCGCUUAGAUAAUGCUGCUAGCAACCUCAAGCUUUUCAAGGCUGAUCUCCUUGACUAUGAUGCAAUGGCAGCUGCCAUUUCCGGAUGCCGUGGAGUUUUCCAUGUGGCGACUCCUGUUCCUUCAGGAGAAUUAACCGAUCCAGAGCUACAAAUGUUGGGCCCUGCUGUUACCGGCACCACGAACGUGCUCAAGGCCGCCUCCGCCGCAAAUGUCCGACGAGUGGUCGUCGUGUCAUCCAUGGUUGCUGUGGAGAUCAACCCCAAAGACUGGCCCCAAGGCAAGAUCAGAGACGAGAGCUGUUGGUCAGACACAGAAUUCUGUAGGAGCAAUGAGAGCUGGUACCCUGUUGCCAAGAUCGCGGCAGAAGCGGCGGCGCUGGAGUACGGGCGUGAAACCGGGCUCGACGUGGUGACACUGAACCCUGCACUGGUGUUUGGCCCCCUGCUCCAGCCGACCGUCAACGCGAGUAGCCAGUUCCUCAUCUACUUGCUCAAAGGAGGCCCUGAUCAGGUGAGGGACAAGCUGUGGCACAUCGUCGACGUUCGCGACGUCGCCGAUGCACUGCUCCUGCUCUACGAGACGCCCGGAGCCGCCGGCCAGCACAUCUGCGCGCCACACUUCAUCACCGUCCGGGAACUGCUACGUUUGCUCAAGAUCAUGUACCCUGGGUGCCCCUACAUAUCUGAGGAGAGCAUAUAUGACAUGGAUCACCCGGCUCCAAUGACCUCUGAAAAGCUGGAGAAGCUGGGGUGGAGCCACCGGCCGCUGAGGGACACGAUAGCAGACACCAUCGAGUUCUGCCAGGAGGCCGGGUUUCUUGAGGGCAUCGAUGCUGAUGAUGCGCCCUGCCGCUUCCCCCCUCUUUUCAACAAUAUCUAGCGUCAAAGAAAGAAUUUGAAGAAGUUUGGGAGAGCAUGUACGGUGUUGCUCCUCUAUUGUUGCUAUCUAUUUUUUUGAUAGAACGUCAGCUUUAUUAGACACUUAGACAAAGUUACAAAGGGUCUCCCGAAUACACUCCGGAGUAGAAUGAAAAACAACAAUACUAGACAAAUUUUUACAAGACUUGGCUAACAGAUGAGCA